CCGCUCCAGAAACUUUCCACGCACACAAAAAGUGCCACGCGACUCGGCGCGUAGAAACAUGUCUCGCCAGGCUCCCGCUUGAAACCUUCAAGACCGCCUGCGCCAGUGUGCGCUUACGUAACGCGCCUGCCCUGCGCCUGCCCUGCGACGCCCGCCCGCGCUUUCCACAUAAGGCCGUCCACCAUGCGCAUGUUCCUGUUGCCCAUCUCGACGCGCCGCUCGCUGGUCUACUGCGAGAAGCUGCACGAGAAAGCCCCCAAGGACCGCUCCCUGCUCGACAAGGUUACGCUUAAGGCUAACGAGACCUGGGCCGCCUGGGAGAAGGACGAGAAGGCCGUCGGCAACUGGAAGCGGAAAGUCACCUUCUACGGCAACCAGGCCCUGAAGCGCAUUCCGUACGAGGAAUGGGGCCUCAAGACGCUGCCCACUCUGACCGACCGGCGGAAGAGAGACAUCAUCGAGGGCAAGGCGAAACAUGAGCUUCUCUUCCCCGGACGGUACCUGAAGCAGGAGAGGGUCACUGAGAUCCUCACCAAGCUGGCACAAGAACGACAGGGCAUGCACCGCAGCAAGCUGAUAUGGAGCGUCGUCAUCAUGCCCUUCACGGCGCCCUUCAUGCUGGUCCCCGUCGUGCCCAACCUGCCAUUCUUCUACGUCUUGUAUCGCGCCUGGUCGCAUUGGAAAGCGCUCGCUGGAUCCAAGUAUCUGGAGUUUCUCUUGAAGCACAACCAGCCUACGCCAAGCACGUCUUGGGCCCUUGACGAAGCCUACACCGCAGGUCUCAUGUACCCCACACGCAAGAUCUCGCGCGCCGCCCCCCGCCCGACCGAGAAAGAGGCCGACCAAGUCUCGGAAGUCGUGCACCAGCAGACCAACAACGAGAGCGAAGACGUCAUGGUGCUGCAGCGCUGGAACGGCAAGUUGAUCGCCGAGCAAUUUGACCUGCCAGACAUGGAGGUCGAGAUCGAGCGCGCCGUCGAACAGGUCGAAAAAUCCAUUGACGCCAAGGAGAAGCUGAUGGAGAAGAAGCUGGAGCAGGAGAAGGCUACCACUGAUGGGCCGGAUCAGCGCGCGAAAGACCUCUUGCCUGACCAUAUUCUGGAGAAGAUUCACGAUGAGGCUGAGCAUGUCGCUGAGAAGGCUAGGACUGAAGAGAAUAAGGAAACCGCAAAGCACUGAGCAGCGUGUGAAUCUUUGGCCGAUUUCACAGGCCACGAACGAAUGACGCGCAGGUGUGACAGUCGCACUUGGCCGUCAGACUCGUAGUAAUGGACACUGGACGACGCAAGGAUUAUGUUGGAUUAUGUUGUACGAUAUCACGCACCCAAGAUACCAGGAGUUGGCGGUACACUCUCAAAUGAUAGCAAGACUCUCAAUUCUACAGUAUGCGCGUUUCACUCUUGACUUGUCCCGCAGUUCCCUUCUUCACUUCACCUUACUACACAUCUCAUGAGGAAAGCUUGCACUGAGUCAAUUGUUAUGCUGUGUAUAUAUUCUCAAAUAUUCGUUGUAAUUCCAUCGUUUAGACCGCGUCAUGGCAUACAGCCUGAGGUGGCUGGCACAAGUCGCUGG